AUGUGUUUGGGAAAAGCAGAAGCAGCUCGCAAGUGCACUAGACAGAUACGUCAGUUAGCAGACAAGAUCACUAACUAUGCACCAACCGAAGAAAUUCGUGCGUUGCUCAUCUGUGGAGCUCAGCCUGAUGGAGAAGUCACAGGUGGACUUAGACCGUUACACUAUGCUUGUUUUAUCAAUAACGUCAGUGCUGCAAGGCUUCUGCUCAACAGAGGUGCUAAGCCUGAUGGAGAAGUCACAGGUGGACUUAGACCGUUACACUAUGCGUGUUUUAUCAAUAACGUCAGUGCUGCAAGGCUUCUGCUCAACAGAGGUGCUAAGUAUACUGAUGUCGUACAACAGUACGAAGAGGCAGUUAUGGACAAAAAUGGCAAGUAUCCAAGCCGUGAAAAUAUUGAUGAACCGCUUCGUUUGGCUAUCAAGAAUGGACAUUAUGAAUGCGCCAGGCUUCUCUUAGAGAAUGGUGCCAGUGCAAAUGCCAUCUACUUCGAUGGCCCAGAAAUCACCGUUGUUAGCCCUUUGGACACAAAUUUUAUCGAGCUACUGAAUGGACAUUAUGAAUGCGCCAGGCUUCUCUUAGAGAAUGGUGCCAGCGCAAAUGCCAUUUACUUCGAUGGCCCAGAAAUCACCGUUGUUAGCCCUUUGGACACAAAUUUUAUCGAGCUACUGCUCGAGUAUGGUGCUGAUCCAAAUGUGUACGAUCGGAAAGGUCUAACACCAAUCAUGAAAGCUUGUCGAUUGAAGGAGAACGGUAUCGAAGCAAUCAGGAUUUUACAUAAAUAUGGUGGAAACGUUAAUGCACAAGCUGAAGCACGACAAGAUUUCCGUACUCCGAUGCAUUAUGCGCUGCUCAGUGGUAGUGCGGAAUUGGUGAAAUUCCUAAUUAGUCUUGGAGCAAAAGUUACUAUGCCAAAGGGUUAUGAAAAACCGUCUAUAAUCGACAUUGCUGUUCUUAAGGACGAUCCAGAACUGCUUAAGAUUAUCAUUGAUGCUGGAGCUGAUAUUAACGCUGUUCACACCUACAUCGGAUCAGCAUUGCAUCUUGCUGCUUGUUCGGUUCUCCAAAAUCAGUACGAUAUUCUUCGCCUCCUUCUGGAGGCUGGUGCUGAUCCAAACAUGCAGCAUCGAUUCCCGGAUGGGUCACAGUUGAAGAGCCCGUUUGUGGAGUAUUUCCGCUCAAGGGAUACGGUUGAUCCUCGUGUUGUUCAUCUUCUGCUUGCAUACGGUGGUAAAGUUGUGAUGCGUAGUCCAGCUGUUGAUAUGAGGGGCCAAUUGAGAAAUGUUUUACGUUUGGCAGCAACUAGAGAACAACCACAGGUUCUUUUAUCAAUGCUUGAUCUUGGAGAGGAGUUCGAUGUUCGUGCAAUUGAUAGGCUUCCCCUGCCCGUAGCAUUAAAGGGAGAGAUCCUAGAGCGAGCCAAAAAUCCUGCCACCCUCCAACAAAUCUGCCGCUUAACUUUGCGCUCAAAGAUCACUCCAUUUCGACCGGAUGUUAUUUCUCGUCUUCCCAUCCCUGCUCACAUGAAGGACUAUGUCCUUGGCAAAUCCCACUAG